UAACCCAUUUCAGUCAAUACUUUUUCCAAGAGAAUAAGGAACAUGUGAAGAAUUGUGUUGAACAUUGAGUGGAUAUUAUUUGUUGCUAAAAAUUACAAUUAACUGUAACUAUUGUAAAAAUUUUAAUCCGAAAUUUUAAUGAUGAAGACGUUUAAUCGACCUCGGCAGGAUACGAAAAAGCUUUCGUGGGUGUACAGAAAUAAGAAACGGCAGAAACGAACACAAGCUCGGACUAAUAACGAGGGAAAUACUCAAGUGCAGAAUAACAAGGCUAGAAUUAUCGUCCGAAAUCUGUCAUUCGAGGUAACGGAAGAUGAUGUGCGAAAAUUGUACGAGCCCUUUGGACAAAUAGAACAAAUAGAUCUCCUUCGUAGACCCGAUGGAAAGCCCGUGGGCUGUGGGUUCAUCCAGUUCAAACGAAUAGAAGAUGCGUCGCGAGCUAUUUUCAAAACCAAUAAGACCGAGUUUUUAUCACGACCGAUAACUGUUACCUGGGCCAUUCCCAAAGAUAAAUUUAUCGAGAACCAGAAUACAAACAUUGCCGUCAAGCCGGACGGUAAAUCAUCGCCUGCAAAAGAGGAUCCAGACGUAGGAGUUGAGAAAAUAAAGAAGGAGUCGACUGCUGAAUUGAAAAAACAGUGCAAACUUCGAAAGCAGCAGAAACGCUCUCGAAUAAUUGUUCGAAAUUUACCAUUCGCAGUUACUGAAGAGGAUCUGAAAAAUUAUUUUUCGGAAUACGGUAACAUCACCGAGGUCAAGUUAUUGACGAAAUCCGAUGGAAAGCGCGUUGGCUGUGGUUUUUUACAAUUCGAUCAUGUACAAAGUGCAGCCAAAGCUAUUCGCGGUUCAAAUUUACGGCCCCUGAUGGAUCGGCUGAUUGUGGUUGAUUGGGCGGUACCAAAAGACCAAUUUCAAAAUGCUAAUAAAAAUGAGGUUCAGGAGAAAGAUGACAAAGAUGUUGCAUUGAUUGACGAAAAUAAUGACAUAAAGCUGGAAGAUGAACCUCUCAAUGAAGAAGACGAUGACGAAGAAGAUGAAGCAGAAGAAUCAGAGGAAGAAAACAAAAUAGAGCUAGAAAAAUCAUUAGGAGAUGAAGAUGACAAAGGUCCUCGUAGAAUUUCCAAUGAUGUGAGUGAAGGGAAAACCGUUUUCCUGAAAAAUGUGCCAUUUUCAGUGAACAAUGACCAAUUGAAGAGUUGUAUGGAGCAAUUCGGUCCAGUUUAUUAUGCCCUAGUAUGUAUUGAUCCUUUGACCGAACACUCGAAGGGAACAGCUUUCGUUAAAUUUAGAAACCUGGAGGACGCGGAGAAAUGUUUGGCAUCUGGUACCGAACUCCAAAUCCAGGGAGAGACUCUCGAUCCUCACAGAGCCAUUACCAAAAAAGACGUUCUAGAUUCAAAGUCUCGGGCUUCGAAUCGGACAAAGGACUCGAGGAACCUUUACUUGGUGAAGGAAGGAGUGAUUCUCCCAGGGAGUCAUGCUGCUGCUGACGUAUCUCCCGGGGACAUGCAGAAACGUAUCCAGAUGGAGCAAUGGAAGUCACAAAUGUUGAGAAAUCUCAACAUGUUCGUAUCUAGAAUUCGACUGGUUGUUCAUAAUUUACCAGCAACGCUGGACGAUGUCAAAUUGAGGGAGAUUUUUAGGAAGCAUGCGGGAAAGAAUGCGGUUAUUACUGAGGCCAAGGUCAUGCGAGAUCUCAAAAAUCCUGAUCCUAACAGUGUUGGGCGUUCCAAGGAGUUUGGUUUUGUCGCCUUUACCAAUCACGAUGAUGCUCUAAGGGCACUCAGGAGUAUCAAUAAUAAUCCUAAUAUUUUUUCAAAGGGUAAAAGACCGAUUGUCGCCUUUUCCAUUGAAAAUCGUAUUAUGGUCAAUGCCAAGCAACGAAGGGCACAAAAAAGCCGGAAUAAUAAUCCCUUGUGGAAAGGAAAACGAAGUGGUGAUUCGAGCCAGGAGACGACCGACGGUCCCCCCCUUAAACGUUCUAAAAAAAUUGACAAGACAAAUAAUAAAAAUAAUUCAAAGUCUGAACGCCCGGGAAAAGCAGUAGUCAGACCUGUCGAGGAUGAAAAUGUCUCCGGGUUCUCUGGAACCAUCAGUCGAGUUGGCGAUCGGAAGCUGAGGUCGAAAUUCAAUUUGAAAACUCAAGCCCGGCUUCAGGCUAAGGCUCAGAACAAUCAGAAGAAAGAGAGAAAGAUGAAGAGGAAAAUUGAGGCGCAGAAGGUCAUUGAAAGGAAUUCUAGGAAGGAGAUAAAGCCCAAACAGGGGCCAGCAAAGUUCAGCAAGGAGGAGGCUAAUCUAGAUCGAAUGGUCGAGAACUACAGAUCUAAAUUAUCGAAAAUUUCGAGUGACAAGAUCAAGUGGUACGAAACAUGAAGUUGAUCAAGUGGUGAUUUUGUGAUUGUCGUGUAUAGUUGCAGCAUCGAUUCUUCGAAAUUCGUAACGAAUGAGUUGUGAUGAAAAAUUCAACUCAGAAUAAUGACUACGAUCAGUAAAGCAAAACAUUUUACCCGAAGGUCGACGAAUUUUUUGGGAAACAAACUCUUGAAAAUUUAGUUAAUGUCAAGGGACUUUGUAUUUCAGGCAUUUGAACCAAUUGGUUCACGUGUCUAUGUAUAUAAAAACUACAAAUGAUAAUGAUAAUAAUUAUCAUUGUGACUGGCAGUUCCACUUGUUCGGUUCUCAUCCACCCCUGUUCUUUGCACUUUCCCAGAUUAUCGCUCUCUCCCUCGUCUCCUUCUCCUCAGCACCUUGUCAUCCUCACUUUUCACGGCUGUUCGACGUCAGUGGAAUUAUUUUAAAAAUUGCAAAAACGAUUGCAAACAACAGAGGAAAAUGUAACAUAUUUUUUGUAAAAUAAGACAAAAGGAGAAACCAAGAA